GCUAAAUAAAGGUUACUUGCUGCUAGAAUAGUGAGAUUUGGCCAUGGCUUCCAGCAGCUUCAGGGCCUGGCAUUGCUUGCUUGCCUUGUCCCUUCUGUCCUCGGCGGCGUGCGGGCAGCUCUCGCCGACGUUCUAUGCAUUCACCUGCCCGAUGCUGGAGCUCAUCGUGCGCGCCACCAUGAUCACGGCCAUCAUGGCCGAGCGCCGGAUGGGCGCCUCCCUCCUCAGGCUCUUCUUCCACGACUGCUUCGUUCAGGGUUGCGAUGCUUCGAUUCUUCUGGACGACACCGGGAGCUUUACCGGCGAGAAGAGCGCCGGCCCGAACAUCAACUCCGUCCGCGGCUACGAGGUCAUCGGCCAGAUCAAGAGGAAUGUCGAGGCCGUCUGCCCCGGCGUCGUCUCCUGCGCCGACAUCGUCGCCCUCGCCGCGCGCGACGGAACCUUUCUGCUUGGCGGACCAAUCUGGGCCGUGCCACUCGGCCGGCGGGACUCGACGACGGCGAGCCUGGACAAGGCGAACAGCGACCUCCCGGCGCCGACGUCCAGCCUCGCCGCGCUCAUCGCGUCGUUUGGCAACAAGGGCCUGAGUGCGCGCGACCUGACGGCGCUCUCCGGCGCGCACACCAUCGGGUUCCUGCAGUGCCUCAACUUCCGCGACCACAUCUACAACGACACCAACGUCGACCCGGCGUUCGCGACGCUGCGCCGAGGCAGCUGCCCCGCCGCGCAGCGCUCCGGCGACACCAACCUGGCACCGCUCGACGCGCAGACGCAGCUGCUCUUCGACAACGCCUACUACAGAAACCUCCUCGCCAGACGCGGUCUGCUGCACUCGGACCAGGAGCUCUUCAACGGCGGGUCGCAGGACGCGCUGGUGCGGCGGUACAGCACCAACCCGGCCCUCUUCGCCGCCGACUUCGUCGCCGCCAUGAUAAAGAUGGGGAACAUCAGCCCGCUCACCGGAACCGCUGGCCAGAUCAGGGCCAACUGCAGGGUGGUCAACAGCAGCUGAUAGACUGCUGAUUCAAUUGAUUCAAUCCUAGUUGAUGACUGUAGAAGAAGGGAAAAUAGGACAAGCUGGGACUGGGAGUACACGUAGGACCUGAAUGUCCAAUCAAGACACUGCAACGAACUCUGCAAGUACGCGUGUACAACAGCUACACCUCUGACUCCCGAGGUAGCUGCCAAUGCAACUAGAUCGACUAGUCUACCAGCAG